AUAAAACAAAGUUUACGACACUUUUUGAUGGUGAACACUUAUUUUCAAGCGGUCCCACGUAACCAAACGGUUUUAUUUUUACAAAAACUAUUUGUGAUGUGUUUUUGAGUCGUUAGUGUUAGUAUUGUGAAAAUGAAGAAUUUUAUGAAGUUAAACAUUGUUCUUGGAGCAUUUGUGUUAAUAAGUACAGUCAAGUGCAAGGAUUUAGCCAAAGAAGAUGUCGAUAAGGUAAUAGAAGACGAGAUAACGGAGAAACUGAGUGAUGACCUCAUCCAGAGCAUCGAGAAGAAGUUUCAAGUCGACCUAGAAAGAUCUGUGGAUAUCGUUCUGAUGAAAAUCAAAAUGCUGCUGCAGAAUGGAACUAAUCACAUCCAGGACAGAUUGCUUGAACUACAAACGCUUUUAGAAACUAUUAAAAAAGAUACAGAUAGUGAGAUUGACGCUUGCCUCCAAGAUAGACAAAAUGAGACUUCUGCGUUGGCGGAGAAGGCACUUCAUCAGAUGGUGGUCUGUGGAUAUGCCCUGAUAGGUCACGACCCAACAGAAGCGGUGAAGAAUGUGAUACAAAUGAAGAAUAUGAUCAAGGAGGGACUGACGCCGAUUUACAAGCAAAAGUCGGAGGUGUACAACCUUCUGAAGGUGUGUGGCCAUGAGCACGAUACCUUGAAGAAAGUCGUCAAAUGCGUUAUCUCCAAGUCUCCGGUAAUCAAGUCAGCGAUGAUGGAUGUAACCAGCAAGCUGAUCGACGGCGUGGUGGAUCUGACGAAGCUAAUGGCGCACGGGGCCAUGCACGAAGCGUGCCUUAUUGAAGUAGUGAAGUCUAUUGAAGACGAGGCGUUUUUGAUUGUUAACAAAGUAAAAGGAUGCAGCUACGGAAAUAGUACUAAAGUCUUAGAAGAAACAAAGAAAUAUAUUAAAAAUAACAACGCGACGGUUCUCAACUUUGAUGGAGAAGACACUAACGGGAGUGCAGUGAAAGAUGUGCUGAGAAGAAUGCUAAACCCUGGUGAUGUUAAAGAUGAAAUAGGUUCAGAGAACUUCCUUUCGAAAGAAAGCAAAAAGGAUAAAAAGUAAAAUAUUAAAAUAUUAA